AUGAUCAGAAGUUUUCUUCGCCGUCACCGACUGUUUCUCAUCAAUUUCACAUCUGCAUCUGGUCUUCUUGCUAGCAGUGACGUUUGUGUUCAACUUUUCUAUGAAAAGAAACAAUCUCUCGAUGACAAACGAAUCGUUGCAGCCUUAGCUACUGGCGCUGUGAUGGGUGUCGAAGGACAUAUUUGGUACUCCUUUCUUGACCGUGUUAUUGUUCAACCGACAUGGCGUAACGUCUUUAAAAAAGUGCUCCUUGAUCAGACGAUUGCAGCGCCUGUGUAUACAUUAACAUAUGUUAUAGAUUUCAUAGCGAAUGCGAUAGAACAUGUCAAUGUGGCCUAUUUCAUCUUCUUCCGCCCGAAAUUUGCGGAAUUCAUUGCCGAGAACCUGAGUCUUGUUUGUAAACCAUUACGACAAUUUAUUCUCUCGUCUCAAUCGUAUUGGAAAUAUCGAUAUGAACGCCAAGUUCGUGCACCGUACCGAUCAAUCCCAAAUAGAAAUCGUACAUGGCUCGAUGUUUGUCAUCAACUCGGACGUAUUGGACACGAAUGGAAACAAUGUGCUGAACAACAUCAAAACAUUCUUUCCAUAUCAGGUGUUCAUAUCGGUCCAAUAACGGAUACGAUUCUUCUUGAAGAUGGUUAUACAUGUAUUACUGGCAGUCGAGAUUCAUCGAUUUGUUGUUUCGAUUUACGACGAUUAGUUCGGCCAGAAGAGACAAAAACAUCAGAUGAGUUCGGCUCACCAUACGUGGUCAAACGUGCAGAAGAUUCUCAGCUGCGUUGGAUUUGGUCACUCAGCCACGAGAAACAUAUUCUGUCAAGUACAUCAUCUAAUUCAGAAAUCCGUCUUUGGGAUAUGAAUGCAGAAAUGCGUGAAAUCUCUCGAAUCAAAUUACAAGCAACCUUUGCAAUGACACACAGAUUACAAAAUUCUCUCCUCUAUGCCGGGAUCUACAAUGGUCAUUUACAUGUUUAUGACACGCGAACAGACGACAAUUCUCUUGUCCGUAAUGAACGUGUCACCCCAAGAGGUUAUAUUCACGCAUUGGAACUACAAGACGAUUAUAUAUUAGUGAUACAUAAACCAAGUACAUUAUGUAUUUAUGAUCGUCGAACAUGGCAAAAGGUUGCAAACGUUCCGUUAAAUCUUGGUGAACGUGUUUCAUCGUAUUACCAAGAUUCUCUUCUCUUUCUCGGUGAUAAUGAAGGUCAUGUCCAUGUAUUCAAUUGGAAACAAGAUCAUUGCGAAUUUGUCGAAAAAAUUCGAACUGAACAUAAUUGUCCGAUCACAGCAUUGCAUCAUAGUCGAGGUAUACUGCAAACCUGUACUGCUUCAACGAAAACUUUAGCUAUUGAUCAGUUAUCAACUCCAAUAACGCACGUUGGCCGAAUUGUAGCUGAUACAUUCGAUCAGCAUCUUUGUAUGGCUGCAAAUGAUUACGGUUUAACAGUAAUUGGUGGAAGUGAUAAUAAUUUAAUUAGCGUUCAUCGUGAUGAAUUUCGACGUUGAAUAAACAACUCGCCAAUAGUCAAGAUUUAUAGACAGAUUUGGAAGUAG